GUCCCCGCGUAGAAGUAAACAGAGAGAUAGGGGACAUGAAUCCGCUUUAGUCUCCAGCCUUUCUGGGCGAUGCUCUGUUGUCACGCCAUGGCGGAUGAUAGUGAGCUGGAAAAGCGUGCAGUGGACGAGCUUCUGAGGGAGACCAGCAGGGCCCGUGUGAGAGCUGAAACCAUGGGCCCUGCAGGAUGGAUGAAGUGUCCCCUGCGCGGCACCAACAAGCGCUUCCUGCUCAACACCCUGCGCUCCACCGGCCUGAUGCAUGGCACCGGCGGGCCCUCUGACGGAUCGUCCGCCGCAGGAGGACACUCCAAAAUGGAGUCUCGGUCCCGCUGCCGCAGCCACAGCAGAACGCCUCCCAGAGACCACAGAGCCAAUGGCGGCCACAGAGACCGGAAACGUCAACACGGGGACAGCAACGGACACAGUGGUCAGAAACGUGACGGGGACAAAGACAAAAGUGACAGCCACAAAGAGAUAUCCAGCAGAUACCGGAAGUACAGGAAAGGUGGUCAAAGCAGAGACUCAGAUUUACCCCAAUCUCGUUCUUAAAACCUCCCGGCGGGUCAGGGACUCCGCCCCUCCCUGUCCGGCCAACAUUGCUGUUCCCACCGCAGGGGCGGGUCCACCUGCAACGGCUCUCUGUCCACAGGACACGCCCGCCCGAGCUGCUGGCAGAGGGAAAGGAGCCACUAGCGCUCACCUGUGGGGGUGACGCAUGGUGGGAGGAGCCAGAAGUCACAUUAUUUUGCUUGCUGAUACAGAUCUGCACCGGUGCUUCCUGUUACUGUGCUAGUACCGAGGGAAAACGCUCGACAACUUGAAAAUGUCCAUGUUUUGGACUGCGUAUCUUUUUUUUUAAUGUCUAAGAAAGGUCAAAGCACCAACUUUUUUCCUUCUGUUUUUCUUCUUCUUUUUUUUUUUUUAUUGUAUCUUUGCUCCUGAACUUGGCCGUUUCCAAGAUUCGGUGAAAUCCCUGGAUGUGUGUUCACGUCUCAUUUCCUCAGAAAUGUUCAUUGUCAACGAGAUAGGGGAGGACAUGGACUUUUCCGCGAUGAAUCUAGUUUUGAUGUCCUAACCAUGUCGGAUGCGCUGCGGGCUUGAGGUUCCUUGUACAGAAAAUCCCAACCUAAAUAAUCCCCACGAGUGCUCUUCCUUCCUCCGGCCGAGUCAGACUUUUAGUUUGAGUGACAACUGAUCCUUUCAUUAAAUGGUUUUCAGAUGAAAUGCAAGCACAACUCGUGUCAAGUUGC